GGUCGAUUUAAAGAGAAUUUGUGUUUUGUGUACAUGGCAUAUUUUUAAUUUGAUAAAAUUUAAAGAAAAACAUGAAAUAAUUUGCGUGAAAACAGUAUCAUGGCAUUCGUGAGUGCAGUUACCGGUGAUGAUUCUACUAGAAAAUUUAUGGACGUCUUGCAGAAUGAUUUUAAGACACUUAGCUUGGAAACCAAGAAAAAAUAUCCCCAGAUAAGAGAGGCAUGUGAUGAAGCAAUAGAAAAGCUAUCCCUAGCUGCUAAUAAUCCGCAGGCUUCAUUGUAUGGAGUUGUCAAUCAAAUACUAUAUCCUCUUGUACAGGGUUGUGAGUCAAAAGAUGUGAAAAUUAUAAAGUUUUGCCUGGGCACUAUACAGCGGCUGAUUGCUCAACAAGGCAUUGAUGCCAAAGGAGCCAGACAUAUAGUUGACUGUUUGUUCAACUUGGGUCAGGCAAAUACACUUGAGCUAAAGUUAUUACAAACUGCUGCAUUGCUUAUGACUACCUCUGAUCUAGUACAUGGGGAUACUUUAGCUAGGACAAUGGUGCUGUGUAUGAAAAUGGUGGCAGCCUGUGAGGGUCGAGAUGUGAGCACAAGUCAUGCUGCAGCAGCCACUGUGAGGCAACUUGUUGCUUUAGUCUUUGAGAGGGCUCUUGCUGAGGCAGAUGGUACACUGAAAGUGAAUCCGGCUGAUGUCAGAAUACAAACAAAUCAAAAAGCUCCAAAGGAUCUUAAACCCUGUGCUGUUGAUGCCUAUCUUAUUUUACAGGAUAUAAUACAAUUAAUCAAUGGUGAUGCUGCAAACUGGCUUGUUGGAAUAUCUGAUGUUCCAAAGACGUUUGGCUUGGAAUUGCUUGAUACUGUACUUACUGAUUUUUCACCUGUGUUCUUUAAAAUAACAGAAUUUCGAUUUUUACUCAAGGAGCAUGUAUGUGCAUUGAUAAUUAGGCUGUUUUCGCCAAAUGUCAAAUACAGGGCAGCCUUUACGGCCCCCCAUAUACCAGGUGGUGGAGCUGGGGGAACCCCUCCCGCCCCAGAUAGGCCCCACUUUCCUGUUACUAUGAGAUUGCUUCGCUUGGUUUCAAUUAUACUGCACAAGUAUCACGAUUUAUUGGUGACCGAAUGUGAGAUAUUCUUAUCUCUAACAAUCAAAUUCUUGGACCCGGAUAAACCGUUAUGGCAAAGAGCGCUCGCUUUAGAAGUACUACAUAAAAUGACUAUACAACCUGAUCUUCUCAAAUCGUUCUGCGAGUGUUACGACAUGCGUCCGCACGCAACGAACAUCUUUCAAGAUAUCGUGAACGCGCUCGGCGCGUACGUUCAAAGUUUGUUCGUCGCUGCCAAUGUUAAUACGCAGCCUGGAUCGACCGGGGUUCCUCAACAAGCCGGUUUUUAUUGGAAAGGUGUAUGGCUACCGCUUUGCGUCAUCUUCGAGCCUGGUACUGCAAAGUCUGUUUACAUAGAAAUGCUCGAUCGAACAGAAGCGCCCACCAUUCAAGAUGGCUACGGCAUAUCAGUUGCCUACGCAUGUCUUAUAGAGAUAAUACGGUCCAUCGCUAUUAGUGUUGAAGGUGAAGAAUAUUAUAGGUUACAGGAACUGUAUGAUGACAAUCAAAAUGACAAUGAUGAGAAGGAAGUCAAUUCUAAUACCAAAGCUAUUAGUAAUAAAGAUACAGAUGAUACAGAGACUAGAGACAUAACGAAGAACGGACAUAAUGAGUCUGACCAGAACUCGAAUAUAGUUAGGAAGGAUUCUGAAACGGACGACAAAGAUCGACAGCUUAGCUUACAGCUUAUAAAGUCGUCUUGGUGCGGUUUAGUGUGGGGUUUAUCAGUACUUGCAGAGGCCAGUAUUGGAGAGCUGGAGAAUAUUUUAUGUGCCAUACAGACGCUUGCUAGAGUCAGUGGGAAGGUGGGUGUGACAAACGCUCGCGAUGCUUGUAUAGGCGCGCUAUGUCGUUGCGCUUUACCGGCUCAGUACUGUGUGCCUGUAUUAGGUGCAUUAGCGGCAUUGGCGUGUCCAUGGCCCGCUGCACGCGCGCAACCCUCUCAACAGGCUGAUCUGAGACAUCAUGUUGUAUGGGUCGGGACUCCUUUACCCUGUGCGCAGCCACCUGGCCAGCAGCAGUCGUUCGUGAUGGUGACCUCUCGUCACGUGACAGCAAUGCGUGCCCUGCUUCAGGCGGCUCGCAGGGAUGGAGACACUAUGCAACAGGCUUGGCUGCCAGUUCUUACUACGCUACAGCAUCUGGUAUGGAUCCUGGGUCUGAAACCGUCGACGGGUGGAAGUAUGAAAGCCAGUCGCGCAAGUGCCGACGCCAAUGCUGUCAUGAGCACUUCCGCUGUCAUGGCUGACCUUCCUGGUCAGCAAGUUCCCGUGGCGGAAUCUCUCGGAGUAAUGAGCGGUAUUGAUAUCUCUCUAUCAGCAAUGUUAUCGAGAGUGUUCGAGGCUUCAAAGAAUCUAGAUGAUGUAGCUCUGCAUCACUUGAUUGAUGCUCUGUGUAAAUUGUCCAAUGAGGCUAUGGAUCUGGCAUAUUCGAAUAGGGAGCCAUCAUUGUUCGCGGUGGCAAAACUCUUGGAGACGGGGCUGGCAAACAUGCAUAGGAUCGAAGUGAUGUGGCGACCUAUUACUAAUCAUUUACUCGAAGUGUGUCAACAUCCACACAUACGCAUGAGGGAAUGGGGAGUAGAAGCCAUCACAUACCUUGUGCAAGCCGCAUUUCAAUAUCAUCACAAUAACCCUGCGUUAGUAACAGAGGCCCGCGAGCGCCUAAUACUUGAACCACUAGCAGAGUUGUGUAAUGUACGUCAUUGCGACGUACGCGCUCGUCAAUUAGAAUGCGCGGCGAGAUUAUUGCACUCACGCGGGGAGCAACUCGGUGCUGCUUGGCCCUUGAUGAUGGAGAUCAUUUCUGCUAUAUGUGAUCAACACAGUGAACAAUUAGUACGGUCAGCAUUCCAAUGUGCGCAAUUAGUAGCUGGGGACUUAUUAGGAUGCGCGGGACCCCGGUGUUUACGGCGUGUGUUAGCCGCCGCUGCGGCCUUUGCCAGGCAGACCAAGGAGCUUAACAUUAGUCUUACCGCUGUUGGUCUUAUGUGGAACAUAUCAGACUAUUUAUACCACAAGCGCGAUAAAUUGUCUGUGGCACUCGCGAACGAAGCGGCUGCGUGUCCUGAAUACCCCGAUUUACCACCUCUGGACAGGCUUUGGAUGUGCCUUUACGUACGACUUAGUGAGCUAUGUACGGAACCGCGAGCUCCGGUGCGUCGCGCAGCCAGUCAGACAUUAUUCAGCUGUAUCGGAGCACACGGGACCCUAUUGAGCAAACCCGCAUGGAGAGCAUUACUGAAUAUACUCUUCCCCAUGUUGCAACAGGUACAAAAACAGUCGAAUAUUGCGAGUUCGGAAAAAGUUGAUACAGGAGAACAUAUCUUGAUACAUCACACCAGAAACACAGCGCAGAAGCAAUGGGCCGAAACACAGGUUCUAACCCUAUCGGGUGUGUCUCGUGUCUUCCACUCGAGGUUCCAGUUAUUGACUUCCGUUGGAGAUUUCCAGAGGUCAUGGACGGCACUGUUAGAUUUUAUUGUUGAUUUUGCGCUGAGGAAGAGUCACGAGGUAUCAGUAGCAGCAUUGAAGUCAUUCCAGGAGGUGGUGACUGCAGCGGGUCGCUUGGAAAGUGAGAGUGCGGCCAGCAACAAACGUAUUUGGGCCGCGGCGUGGGCUGCUUGGACCAGUAUUGCGUCUAACCUGCAUUCUGAUACAGCCGCUAGGCCAGUGCCAGAGGAUGGUAAACCUGUUGAGUUGUAUUCGCCAUCAUUGAAUUUCCUUACUACCCUUGUGCAGAUCUUCCCCCUCAUUUUCCAACAUAUACGGCCAUCUUUUACCCCAAAAGACGUAGAGCAACUCGGCCAAUGUCUAUGCAAAGUGUGCAGUGUUGAACCGUCCGCGUCCGCACUGGACGGCCUCGGUACGGGCACGCCCGCUAGUUUGCACGCCCUGCAUUGCCUCGACACUGUACAUAAGGAGGCCCUAGUCCGCCAUGAGUUAUUGCCAGCGAUGUUCUCAGCACUAACCUCUCUAGCGGACGUUGUAAGCUCCCAACCGGCGGCAAGUGCCCGUUGUCUCUCCGCUGCCGCAGCGCUGUAUCGGGCUGCGCCUGCGCCGAGUAAACAUAUUCUGCCGCACUUGCUGCAGGCUCUUCACACAGCGGUAAAGAAGUGCAGUCCAGAGAAACGAAGACGGAACAGCGAGAGAGAAAGAGAUCAACCGGAUGAGACGGCGCAAAUAGCUACUUUAUUGUUGCAGGUUCUGGCCACUGGGUUACCGCUAGCGAGAGAAAAGCCUGACGAUUACAAAGAGUUCUGGGAAAUAUUGCCCGGCGUGCUUGAAACGUUCAUGUUUGAACCGCCUGUGGGGUGCGGCGGCCAAGCCCGUGAAGUCGUAUGUGUGAUCCGCGAUGAAGUGUUGGGCGGUUCCCCUAGGGCGCCCGCCCAUGCCGCUAGACGCGCCCUGCAUCUCGUCAGAGCGGGAUCCAUGCAUGCCAAUCACGCUUCUAAAAACGAGCAAGAACUUCGGGAGCGUGAAGAAUUUGCCCGAGCGUGCUUUGAGACUUUAUUGCAGUUCUCGAUGUUAGAAGAUGUUGAUUCCAUCGCAGCCGGAGAAGAAGACGCAGACCCACUAGCCAUAAUGCCACUUCUAGAUCGGUUUCAAGAAGUUAUCUCGAAAUACAGUUCUGAAGACGAUUCAGAACCUUUAACCAGACAUCAGCUGUCUGAGAUAUCGUUUGUCCUGAAAGCGAUAGCGACCCUCACUGAUGCCAUGAAGCGAGCGCCGCCCGCAAAAGUAGACGCUACGGCCUGGCAGAAGCUUAUAGGAAUAUACCCGCUGAUAGUGGGUUUGGCAGCGGGGGGACGUGCCUCGGGCCCCGGUGGUUCAGGUCCCGCAGUGCGGGAAGCCCUUCUGCAGUUCGGGGGCCUUUUGGCUGCGCCGCCCUAGCGCCUGCUAUACACCAUUCACAUAUAGAGCACGAGGCUCUAAAAGCGUCGUCAGCCUGAACAAUCGUUACUAGAUAUCAAAUAAAAUGGGUUCUGUCAGGUAUUACGAAGUUCCGAAUUUACGCAGAAAAUAUAUUAAUUUUUAAGAAGAACAUUUCUGUCUGCUGCAUGGCCUUUACAAACACAAUAUGUUUUUAAAAUAUUUUUUUUAAUUAGUCGUAAUUCGAAAAUAACGAUUGAUUGCUGAGGUUUAAUGAUAAUUUACGAAUCCGCAAAUACCUGAUAUUCAGUUACUUAUAUCUAAUUCCAAUACAAUGUUCUGCAUAUCUAAAGAUUUUUAUUUAAAAAAAAAAACGAAAUAUUUUGGUAAAAAAAAUUCCAACUGUUUUCAACUAGCGAAUAGAGAGAAUAAUUCCUGAAGCAUCCUUGACAGAAUCCAUUUGUGUUACUUAUAAUUUCUGGGCCAUUUUAGGAUAGGGUAUAAUGAUAAAAUUAGCUUAAGCCCAGAAUGAAUUUCGCCACUGAUAUUUUGGCUGUGAAUUGGUGAUAUGGCUUAGAUUUUGAUUUAAUUCGGCUGACGACGUCAACCUGCAUAGUGCAACGUGAAUAGACUAGUACGCGUAGUGCGCGAUUGUGUUGCAUAGUCAAUUCGAGUGAUCAUCGAAAUAGUGACGUUAGUGUAAUAAUAAAUCAUCUAAAGGCUUGUCGAAACAAUUAUUGUUUUGUGUACCUUGAUUUGUAAAUUAAAUUUUUAUGCAUCAUACUAUUUCUACUUCCAUGAGCUAGUAUUAAAAAAAAAUUGGCAGUUAUAUUAUUGUAGGACAACGUAUUUUAUCUAAUCGUCAAUAUAAACUUGUACUGAACUACGUUUAAUACUUUUACUAUACACGCAAUGAAAUGCGAGCAAAUUUUAUCUAUAGCCAAUUUUGAUUCAAGUUAUUGUGUAACCAUAGAAAUCAAACAAAUGCAAGCUUUUAACGAGAGCUGCAAUGAUAUUUCGAGUUGGUAAAUAUAGUUGCAGCAACUUCCAGACUAGUUCUAUGUGCACUUUUUUGUUUAUAUAAAAGAUAGAAAUUAAGCAUUACAUGUUGUAUAAGUGAAAACCUUAUGUAUUCAAUGAUAGCUACCUGUUUUGAUCACAUUCCUAUGUUCAUAAGUUAUUUAAAAUUUCCCAAAAAAUCUGACAUAAAUAAGUAGUAAUAGGAAUACCUCAUAGAGGAUGCGUGCAUUAUUACUUUUAUACGAUAGAAGCUAGCAACAACCUAGAUAUCCAUAGUUGUAUUUUAGUAUUAUUCAAUAUACAAUAUUUCGGAACAAGUAAAUGACAGUCAAAUUUUGCUUAGACAUAAUUUAUUGAGGGUCAACGGGUAUAUCGAAUAGACUGGACGAUAUUUACACAGAUAUUCCGCAGAUCAUGAAACAAAAAUUAAAUGUGGAUUUUUCAUUGUACAACAUCACAAGCGAGACCUUAAAAAACCUCUACAAAAGAGUCUCUUUUCAGUCGGUUUAUUCCAUGUUUCAUGACUAUGGUAUUAAGUAGAUGACAUGGUAAUAAAUAGAUUAGUAAUAGGCCUAAAUCGGUUUUAUUUAGUGUGCCCUAUAAUUUGUAAUUUAUUUUCAUAUAAUUGUGUUGUAAACCGAGUUACCGAAGUUUAUAAAAUUGUAAUGCAAUAAUGAAUACUCUUAAGGUUUAACUGUUUAUGAUGUAAUUAUGAACGUUAUUUUUAAAUAUUCUAUUUAAGUUAUUCGUUUGUGACUGACAUUAAAGUAAUUUAAAUACGU